CUCUUAAUUUUGCAGAUUACUGACCCAAAUGAAUACCUCCAAGCCAGAUUCCAGUUUUGGUCCAGUCACUGAGUUUAUCCUCCUAGGUUUCUCUUUUGAGUGGCAUAUUCAGGUACUCUUUUUCUCACUCUUCACUACAACAUAUGUCCUGACCAUUACAGGAAAUGGGGCCAUUGUUUGUGCAUUGUGGUGUGACCAGCGACUCCACACCCCUAUGUACAUAUUCCUGGGGAAUUUCUCCUUUCUAGAGAUUUGGUAUGUCUCUUCUACAGUCCCCAAGAUGUUGGUCAACUUUCUCUCAGAAACAAAGACCAUCUCCUUUACUGGUUGCUUUCUCCAAAUCUAUUUCUUUUUCUCUUUGGGUACAUCUGAGUGCUUUCUUUUGGCUGUCAUGUCCUUUGAUCGGUUCCUUGCUAUCUGUCGUCCCUUGCACUACCCUAAUAUCAUGACUGGACAUCUCUGUGCCAAAUUAGUUAUUGUCUGCUGGGUUUGUGGAUUUCUGUGGUUCCUGGUCCCCAUUGUUCUCAUCUCUCAGAUGCCCUUCUGUGGCCCAAACAUUAUUGACCAUGUUGUAUGUGAUCCAGGGCCACUGUUUGCAUUGGCAUGUGCUUCUGCCCCAACAAUCCAAUUGUUUUGCUAUACUCUAAGCUCAUUAGUUAUCUUUGGUAACUUUUUCUUCAUCCUUGGAUCCUAUACUCUUGUCCUAUUAGCUGUACUGCGUAUGCCUUCAGCCACUGGGAGACAUAAAGCCUUCUCAACCUGUGGGUCGCAUUUGGCCGUAGUAUCACUGUUCUAUGGCUCCCUGAUGGUCAUGUAUGUGAGCCCAGGACUUGAACACUCUGCUGGGAUGCAGAAAGUUGCAACCUUGUUCUAUGCUAUGGUUACCCCACUCUUCAACCCCCUCAUUUACAGUCUCCGGAAUAAAGAUAUGAAAGCAGCUUUGAGGAAACUUCUGGGAAGGUCCAACAUAAUCUGA